CCGGAGCAUGAAUUUGCCAUCAAGACAUCGAUCCACACUUCCAGACAAACCAAGUGAACCUUCUAAGGGAGAAGCAGACGGAGACAGAUUUUAACGCAACACCUUAUCUUACGGAGGGCGAUGCACCCGCGUCUUAUUCCAUAAACUGUGACAGUUCGCGUGUUUACAAAAACACAGCGCUGGAUUUAUUUUCUGCAAAGCUGCUUUUUGCUCUCGGGGUUGUUAAGGGGUGAAAAUUUGGCUGCGGCGCACAACAACGAGCGUGUUUGAGCGCAAUUUCUCAGAGACUCGGACUUGCCUCAGAGCGGAGUUUGACUCCUCGUCAUGGGGUACGGUGCACAGACUGACAGAGAAGGAGGAAGAGUGCUGAGAACCUCUCCUGAGAUGCUGACCGCGUCCUGGCUUUUGCUCUUUCUUCUGGUGGACAUCGGAGUGGCUCAAGUUGAGGAUGACUUCAUUGGCCUCGGUGAAUUGCCAGAAACCUUCCCUUCAGACCCCCCAGAGCCACUGCCCGUGUUUUUGAUGGAACCAGAGGAGGCCUACAUUGUCAAGAACAAGCCGGUCAACUUAUACUGCAAGGCCACACCUGCCACCCAGAUCUACUUCAAGUGCAACAGCGAGUGGGUUCACCAGAAGGAGCACACUGUGGAGGAGCGGGUCGAUGAGAACUCUGGCCUGGUAGUGAGGGAGGCCAGCAUAGAGAUCACUCGGCAGCAGGUGGAGGAGCUGUUUGGACCGGAGGACUUCUGGUGUCAGUGUGUGGCCUGGAGCUCCGCAGGGACCACCAAGAGUCGCAAAGCACACGUCCGUAUUGCUUACUUGAGGAAGACAUUUGACCAGGAACCUCUUGGGAAGGAAGUGUCUCUCGAACAGGAAGUGCUUCUCCAAUGUCGUCCACCUGAAGGCAUCCCAGCUGCUGAGGUGGAGUGGUUAAAGAACGAGGAGGUUAUUGAUCCUGCAGAUGACAGAAACUUCUAUAUCACCAUCGACCACAAUCUGAUCAUCAAACAGGCCCGCCUCUCUGACACUGCCAACUACACCUGUGUGGCUAAGAACAUUGUGGCCAAGAGACGCAGCACCACCGCCACAGUUAUUGUCUACGUGAAUGGUGGAUGGUCCACGUGGACAGAGUGGUCAGUGUGUAACAGUCGCUGUGGCCGUGGUUACCAGAAACGAACACGCAGCUGUACCAACCCAGCACCACUCAACGGCGGGGCCAUCUGUGAAGGCCAAGGCAUCCAGAAGCUGCCGUGUAAUCCUCUCUGCCCAGUGGAUGGCCUGUGGACAGAGUGGAGUAAGUGGUCUACCUGUGGGACAGAGUGCACCCACUGGAGGAGGAGAGAAUGCAGCGCCCCAGCACCCAAAAACGGGGGAAAGGACUGUGAGGGCAUGGUACUCCAGUCCAAGAACUGCACCGAUGGGCUGUGCAUGCAGAGUUCCUUAUAUCAGAAGUCCUCUGAGGCAAAAGACAAGAGUGAUGUGGGAAAUUCAUUGGCCCCCAGUACAGAUGACGUAGCUCUGUAUGUGGGUAUUGUUAUAGCGGUGAUCAUGUGCCUGGUUAUCUCUGUCGUCGUGGCGCUCUUCAUCUACAGGAAGAACCACCGGGACUUCGACUCCGACAUCAUUGAUUCCUCUGCCCUCAAUGGUGGCUUCCAGCCAGUCAGCAUCAAGACUGCCCGCAAAGCUGAUCUUCUAACAGCACCCCCUGACCUGACCUCAGCGGCCGCCAUGUACCGCGGCCCAGUCUACGCCCUCCAUGAUGUGGCUGACAAAAUCCCCAUGACCAAUUCCCCUCUGCUGGACCCUCUUCCCAACCUGAAGAUUAAGGUGUACAACUCCUCAGGCUUAGUGACUCCACAGGAUGACCUGGGAGGGGAAUUUUCCUCUAAACUGUCACCUAAGCUGCCGCACUGCCUCCUGGACAACAGUGACAGCACGAUGGGUCGUCGCACACAGACCCAGACGUUGCUCCGCACAAGGGAUCCGUCCUGCUCAGCUCUGGGCUCCUUCAGCUCCCAGGGAGGGCACCUCAUUGUGCCAAACUCAGGGGUGAGUCUGCUAAUUCCAGCAGGGGCCAUUCCUCAGGGCAGAGUGUAUGAGAUGUAUGUGACGGUUCAGAGGAAGGACAACUUGAGGCCCUCAGUGGAAGAUGGCCAAACAGUCUUGAGCCCUGUAGUAAGCUGUGGGCCCCCCGGGGCCCUGUUGACUCGGCCCGUCAUCAUCACCAUGCACCACUGCGCCGUGUGUGAUGGCCAACAGGACUGGCUGAUCCAGCUCAAGAGCCAGUCACAGCAGAACCAGUGGGAGGAUGUCGUGGUGGUAGGGGAGGAAAAUUUCACCACACCAUGCUACAUCCAAAUGGAUGACGAGGCCUGCCACAUCCUGACAGAGACGCUGGGUACCUAUUGCCUCGUGGGCCAAUCUCUCAGCGCUGCCACCACCAAGCGCCUCAAACUAGCCAUUUUUGGCCCUGUCACCUGCCCUGCCAUGGAGUAUCACAUCAGAGUCUACUGCCUGGAUGACACUCAGGACGCACUCAAGGAAGUCCUGCAGAUGGAGAAGCAGAUGGGUGGGAAGUUGUUGGAUGAACCAAAGACUCUAAACUUUAAAGACAGCACCCACAACCUGAGACUUUCCAUCCAUGAUGUCCCUCACACGUUGUGGAAGAGCAAACUACUAGCCAAGUACCAGGAGCUUUCCUUUCAACAAGUAUGGAGCGGUUCACAGAGGAACCUCCACUGUUGCUUUACCCUGGAGCGGUUCUCUGCCAGCACAGUGGACCUGGCCUGUAAGAUUUGUGUGCGUCAAGUGGAGGGAGAAGGACAGAUUUUUCAGCUGGACACUACGCUGUCAGAGGAUUCCCAGAGUAUUGACACAUCUCUGCUGGACCCCGCCAGUAACAUCACCACACUGGUUGGGCCCAAUGCCUUCCGCAUCCCCGUCUCCAUUCGACAGAAGUUGUGUGGCAGCCUGGAUGCGCCACAGACCAGGGGCAAUGACUGGAGGAUGUUGGCCCACAAACUUAACCUUGACAGGUAUCUUAACUACUUUGCCACCAAAUCCAGUCCUACAGGAGUUAUCCUGGAUUUGUGGGAAGCUCAGCAUUUUCCUGAUGGCAAUCUCAGUCGUCUUGCCCAGGUACUAGAGGAGAUGGGGCGCCAUGACAGCCUUGUUCCUUCAGCGACUGAGCACUGACAUCUGCCCACCAGGGAGUGUGACAUUCCAGGGAGGAAGAAGACAUAAAAAAAAAAAAAAAAAGAGUGGGGGGACAAAUGCAGGAGUCUUUUGGCAUCACAGUGACAAAUUCACGUAAACACUCACAUACACUGCGUGUGUGUACACUCAAAGAAGU